AUGCUUAGAUUAUGUAACGGGUCAUAUUGUUACAUUAGUACAGCUAGAAUACUAAUAAAUAAUGUUAACAUAUGUAAUUAUUUAUUGAGUGCAGGUAUAAUUGAUAUGGAUAUCAUAUAUAAAUCUCCAAUGCCCAUUAGUCCAGUUGGAUACAUUCGAAACUCAGUUGAUAAAAGCAAUAUCAUAUAUUCUAGACGGCAUAGAGGUGGCAAGGUUGCAAAUAAAAUGAGAGUAUUAGAGAAACGCAAGAGAAGGGAACAGGAAAAACUGGCAAAAAUAUCCCAAAAUACACCAGAAUUCAUCAAAUUAUCCAGGGAUGUCAAUAAAUAA